AUGGCCGACGUACUCUUCCUAGUCUCUGUUCUACUACUCGCCGCCGCCGGCAGUACACCUUCGGCACUGCCGUCAACACCACCGCCGUCUUCCGGCUGCGCUGACGAACUAGUGGCAUUCUCUCCAUGCCUUCCCUUCAUUUCCGGCUCCCCGAACAACAUCUCCGAUUCGCCUCCGGUUCAGUGUUGCGAUAACUUCGCGGCAGCGUUUGAUGAUAAUACCGCGAUUUGUCUUUGUUACCUCGUUCAUAACCCUCAGAUCCUUGGAUUCCCUAUCAAUUCAACGAAGCUGAUGUCGCUAGCUUCUGUUUGUCCUGUUAAGGAGAAAGAAGGCGAGGAGAAUUUAUCUCUUGAAUCUCUCUGUUCGGGAUCAACUAUGCUGCCUCCUUUUCGGGCAAUAACAGAUCACAGGGGUUCAAGUUCGGGUCCAAGGCGUCCUAGCCCUAGCCCUAGCCCAAGUCCUAGGCCUACACCACGCAUUCCACACCCAGGUGAUCAUGAUAACCCUUCACCGCAAGAACCACCAGGACAAGGCAGUUCAUCACCACCAUCCUCUGUUGUUGAUGAUAAUCCUGCCCCUGCUGCUCAGGCCACACCAUCAUGUGCAUCAACCAUAGCCAUACGAAUACUGAGUUACAUAUAG